AAUCUCUUCGUUUAUCUGUGCCACCACUAGUGUGAAGUUACCGCCACUGUAGUUGAACAUCGUUUGAUAAAUGCACUUUAUUUUUAUCAUAGGGGAUUUUAGAAAUUCCGCAGCGGACUAUUUUAUUGGUUUUCCCUGAAACGUCGCGACACAGGCAAGUGGAAACUCCUUAUACCGAAAAAGUAUGUGUUUUAGAGACGUGUGAACUAUUUGACAUUUAUAUUAUUUUUCAGCUAACAAUUUUCUGAAAGAAACUGCACUGUCGAAAGAUAUGAAGAGGACUCGUUCGAGUAGGCAACUAUCCGUGAUGGAUGCGUGACGUUGAUCGCAGUGCGGUGAUAUACGAGGGAUACUCGGGAAAAAGCUGUAGCCUAAAAGCCAAUCUCAGGCUCUUGGAUGUGGUCUGUACAGGGCAGGGGUGAGGACUUGGACCUCAACUAUGAAAUUAAUCAGUCGUCCAACGUCUUCAUUUUGUCUUUUCCAAAGACACAUCUAGUCAUGGGGUGAAGAGGAUGAGGUAGAGACUGCGGGGAUAGUCUAUAUGGGAGGGAACAUGGAAUAUUCUUUAUUAUAUAAUCUUUGACAAAAACUGCUUAUUAGUGGAAGACCAUUACGAGCCAUUGUCCCUGAUCCCAUUCCCCUUUCCCUUUUAGCAGGAGAGAGAGAAAACGUUCUGUGAUCAUUAAUAUUUGAGGAAAGAAUCAAUGUAUUUUCACCACAAAACUUGGCUGUUGAGAUCAUAACACAUCUCGACUGAAGUUGUCAAGGAGAACACGGGUCUAUGACAAGUGUCACUGGUGUGUAUUCUCUUUAUUUCACUUAUCUUUUAUUACACAGUAACCCCCUCUGUCUGCCUCUCCAUAAGAGAGAGGAAUAUUGAAUUGCCAAGAUUGCUAAUGUGCAUUUAUUGUUUCAGAUUUCAACUAUACCUCUCUCUCUCUUUUUUCUCUGCCUUGAUCCAUCUCUCUUUUUUAUUGUUUGAUUUUGGUUGAUAAUUUGGAAUAAUGACACCUGACGCCCAAAGCCCUGGAUUUCAAUCCUCUACCAUCCUUCAAGAUGCUGAAUUUAAAUACACUAAGUAUUCAGCUAACCCCACUCAGUUGUACCCCUUACUUGUUUUUCAACUUUGCACCGUUGUCUUGGUGUAGCCAUCUGUUGUGGAUGUAGAACAAUUGCAGCCAACCCCAUCUUGCUUUGACAUACUGUGAUAUGUAAUAAUUACAGAAACUGUCGACACACUCUGUUGUGUCCCUUGACCUCUCUGAAUCUCUGAAAGGCUUUUUGCGUAAAGUAGAAAGGGACAAAAACAAUCUCCAAGUUCAUCUUCCUCCAGCCCCCCUGUCCGUCCUCCCCUCUCCCCCCCACUCAUCAGGGCUGGUGGGGGGGUGGGAUCUGGAGCUCCAGGGUCGUAGCGGCGGAGGUGGUGGUACCCUGGAGCCUCCCUGGAGCAAGGCCUCCCACCAUGGAGACCAGUCCGGAGAGCCCCAACCGGGCCGUGGAGUACCUCCUGGAGCUCAACAACAUCAUCGAGAGCCAGGCCAAGCUCCUGGAGACCCAGCGGCGGCGCAUCGAGGAGCUGGAAGGCCAGCUGGACCGAGUCAGCCAGGAGAACCAGGACCUGAGGCUGGAAAGACCCACUCCUCCACGAGCCUCGGAGCUCCCCGAACAGAACCAUAGCAACACCAACCACAGAGCAGAGAAGCCCCACUCCCUGCCCAUCCACCCUGGCAGCAGUAGUGGAGGUUGUGGCAGCACCACCAGCCCUGUCGCCGCCCUGCCCCCCUCAGUGGUAGUGCCCCCUGCAGGGCCGAACCGGGAGAGACGUACCCACACUAGGCUGACCCGGGGCAUGUCCUGUGGCUCGAACCCAGCAGAGAGGGAACAACGGGAGAGACUGGAACACACAGACAGCUCCGAUACCAACAGCUCCACCAUCCGCAGAAAUGUGGAAGCAGAAACCCAGUGUGUGGAGCCGCCAGGGGCCCACUCAGACGGCCCCUACAGCCAGACCACAGCGUACCUGCGUGGCACCGAGCGCUACAGUGACAACAAUAGGGGUCCUGGUCCUCCAGGCCCCCGGGGGCUUCCGUGUGUGGCCCCUCCCAGCUCGGCUAGCCUUGCCUGGGCACUGCGAACACGUCAUCAGCCUGCCAGUCUGGCCCUCCGCAAGCAGGAGGAGGAGGAGAACAAGAGGUGCAAGGCCAGUCUCUCUGACAGCUAUGAGCUCUCUACUGACCUACAGGACAAGAAGGUGGAGAUGUUGGAGAGGAAGUACGGUGGCUCCUUCGUGAGCCGCAGAGCAGCCCGGACCAUCCAGACAGCCUUCCGCCAGUAUCGUAUGAACAAGAACUUUGAGCGCCUCCGCAACUCGGCUUCCGAGAGCCGCAUGACGCGACGCAUCAUCCUGUCCAACAUGCGGCUGCAGUACUCGUUUGACGACCGCCAGGCGCAGCAGCAGGGGGCCGGAACACAGACAAACUUCACACACAGUGUGGGCAUUGGCCCUCCUCAUUCACCUGACACAGAGCGGACAGGAGACUACACACACCUGGAAGACUCCUUCUCCAAACAGGUGAAGUCCCUGGCUGACUCCAUAGAUGACGCCCUGACCUGCCGUGGCGGGCGGGAUGACUCCCAAGAGGGCAGCAGGGAGGGUGGAGGCAUCAGUGAUGACUUUGGGGAGUGUGUGUGGAGCAGCAGCAGUAACCCCUCAUCCCGGAGAGGCCUGGGUGAGAGAUCCCGGGGAGGGGGAGGAGGCCUCAGCAUGCACGGAGACAGCACAGCCACCUCCUACAGUGAUGUCACUCUAUACAUGGAUGACUGUAUGCCCUCCUCGCCCCUGUCUCUGGACCGGACCCCCAGCAGCACAGACACAGAGUACUGGGGCCCCAGGGGAGGCGUGGGGGGCCGUGAGGACAGCAGGGAUACUGAGGGAGGGGGUAGUAGUAAUAGCCGUCGCAGCACCCCCUGCACGGAGUGUCGAGACUACCGUCUAAGGGGCGCCCACCUGCCCCUGCUCACAAUCGAGCCCCCCAGCGACAGCUCCGUGGACACUAGCGACCGUUCGGACCGUGGGUCCCUCAGCAGACAGAUCUACGAGCAGGAGCCAGCGGGAGGAGCAGGCUCUCCUCAGGGAACACUCAAACACUCCCCUAACACUCCCCGCCCUGUCUCCACAGUCGCAGCGCAGGGCCAGACCCGGGCCCCUGGCCGGGGCCCCCCCCUGCCCACUCACAUCCCCCACCACGUGGCACACCACCAUCACCACCACCCUCACCACCACCACCAGUACCCAGACACCCCCACCACCCCCCUGUCCUCCUCCUCCUCUGCUGCGCUGCCCCCUGGUGGCCUUGAGCAGCCCUGUCUGUCUGACGGGGACAACGACUCUCUCAACUCCACCACCAACUCCAACGAGACAGUUAACUGCAGCUCUGGCUCCUCAUCUCAGGACAGCCUGAGGGAGCCCCUACCCCCUCUGGGCAAGCAGACCUACCAGAGAGAGAGUAGACACAGCUGGGACUCACCGCCAUUCAACAACGAUGUGGUGCAAAGACGCCAGUACCGCAUCGGACUCAACCUAUUCAACAAGAAGCCAGAGAAAGGGAUCCAGUACCUGAUUGAGCGAGGAUUUGUGUCCGACACUCCGGUUGGGAUCGCUCGCUUCAUUCUAGAGAGAAAGGGCCUGAGCAGACAGAUGAUUGGAGAAUUCCUCGGCAACCGGCAAAAACAGUUCAACAAGGACGUACUGGAUUGUGUGGUGGACGAGAUGGACUUCUCGGGGAUGGACCUUGACGAUGCUCUGAGGAAGUUCCAGGCCCAGAUCAGAGUUCAAGGAGAAGCCCAGAAAGUAGAGAGGCUCAUAGAGGCUUUCAGUCAGCGGUACUGUGUGUGUAACCCAACGCUGGUCCGCCAGUUCCAGAACCCAGACACAAUCUUCAUCCUGGCCUUCGCCAUCAUCCUCCUCAACACGGAUAUGUACAGCCCCAACGUUAAGGCAGAGAGGAAAAUGAAGAUAGAGGACUUCAUCAAGAACCUCAGAGGAGUGGACAACGGCCAGGACAUUCCCAGGGACCUGUUGGUUGGGAUCUACCAGCGCAUCCAGAAGUGGGAGCUAAGGACCAAUGACGACCACGUGUCCCAAGUGCAGGCAGUGGAGAGAGUCAUAGUAGGCAAAAAGCCUGUGAUGUCUCUGCCACAUCGCAGGCUGGUAUGCUGCUGUCAGCUCUAUGAGGUGCCUGACCCCAACCGACCCCAGAGGACAGGAGUUCACCAACGGGAGGUCUUCCUGUUCAAUGACCUGCUGGUGGUGACUAAGAUUUUCCAGAAGAAGAAGACUUCUGUGACGUACAGUUUCAGACAGUCCUUCCCUCUAGUGGAGAUGCAAGUCCACAUGUUCCAGAACUCCUACUACCUCCACGGUAUCCGCCUGACCUCAGCGGUGCUGGGUGGGGAGAGUAAGAUCCUUAUCGUGUUCAUGGCACCCAGUCAGCAGGACCGCACCCGCUUUGUCAGUGACCUGAGAGAGAGUAUAGCUGAGGUGCAGGAGAUGGAGAAGUACAGAGUAGAGUCUGAGUUGGAGAAGCAGAAAGGCGUGAUGCGGACUGGCCUGCUGACCGGCUUGGUUGUAGGCGGAGUGGGGGUGAAGGGUGAGGUGGUGAACGGCACCCUGGGAAGGCCCAGUCUAGAUGACAACUACUCUGCAGGAGAGGGACUGAAACGCUCCGCGCUCAGCUCAUCUCUCCGAGACCUAUCAGACGGAGGGAAACGUGGUCGCAGUAACAGUGUUGGCUCCCUCGACAGUACCAUGGAAAGCUCCUCCUCAACUGACCUUCCUCUUCCUCAGGGUUCCAUCAUUAGCAGCCCCCGGCCCCACCAGCGUUACCCGGUUCCGGGCGUGGUCCCAGGCUGCUACCCUACAGAAGACUACCGGCCGCAUCGCCCCAUCCUGAGCCCCGGAACGGGGGUGGGGGGUGGGCCGGGGCAACAACACACCGCUGCUGGGAUGGGAGUUGGGGGGGUCCCCAGCAGUGUAGAGAGAGCAGGGGUGGGGAGCGGCCCUGGGGGGGGCAAUACGGGCUCCUUCCUGGGCUCUCUAUUCGGCAGCAAACGCGCCAAACCGCCAAGUCCCCUUAUACCACCGGGGCCACCCUACCCCGCCCCUGUCCCACCACCCACUACGGGAGGGCCCCCUCCUCACUCCCCUUCAUCUCUGUGCCAGUCGGAGGGGGGCCCUUCCAAGAUCCAGGCCCUGCAUGCGCAGUACUGCCACACGGCCGCUGUGCAGCCCCCUCCCCCCUACUACCAUCACCAUCGCUACCACGUCCAAGCUGGCCCUACUCCCUUGCCAGGCGGGGGCGUGCCCCCUCAUAUCCUUCAGAGAGGGCCGCUCCCCUGUCGCCCUCCUAUUGGCCCCCCUCACGCCCAGCUCCAGCAGCUGGCCCAUCUCUCCCAGUUUUCCCAGCAUGGCAUGCAGGGUCGCUACGGCAACAUAGCGGUGGGCUGUCCUCCCCCCCUUUCUCCUCACUCCCAACAUUCCCAGAACCCCCAGUUCGCCCUGUACCACACGCAGACCACACAAUCUAUCAGGGGGGGCGCUGUGCCAAGCAAACCUCCUCUGACUUUGUCUCACUCCCACCCGCACCCCCACGCACACUCCCACACCCACCCCGGGCAUCCCCUCAGUGCCGCGCCACACCCCACCCCCCACCCACAUCAGUCUCACUUCAUUUUUGGCACGCUGCCCCACCAACAUCAGCACCAGCAGCCGCCCGCCUCCGUCAACGUCCAUCACGCCGCGUCCGCCGCCCAGUAUCAGCCCCUGUACCCUCCUCUCUCUUCCAUCCCCCCUCCCCCCCCCCACUCCCCUUUACCCCCCCCUUCUAUCCCCCUUACCCCUCUUACCCCUCUCUGCCCUCACCCCCCCCAGCACCCCGGGCAGCCUCAGCAGGGGCCCCAGGUGACGGGGGCUGGGGCGACUGGCACAGGGGGCAGCUCCAAAUCCAAACCUAUCAACCGGAUCAGCACGGUGGUGUGAGGAACAGAACGUGGGGGCACAGAGGGCAGAGGUCAGAGGGCACGAUGGAGGAAGUGGGCGGAGCUAGGGCCAGGGAUAGAGCCAGGGCUAGUAGAGGUGAGCAGGACAGCAGUAGCAGUAACAACAGCGCCAGUGACAAGAAGAAACGCAACUUAUUUCGCCUCUGCUACUUUCACCUCCGCUUCCCACACAUGUAGAUAGAGAGGGCAAGAGAGACAGUUGGAUCUGAAUAGCAUGCAUAUAACUGAAUACACAAACAUACCUUCACACAUACAGUACAGGAAACACAAGCACACACAGGCAGAAUCAAUACACAUAAAGCAAGAAACGCCCACAUGUAUGCACACAAAUAUGUUUGUAUAUAGUAAAGGCAAAGGCUAGCACAAUCAUGCAUAUUACACAUACACUCAGUGGCCAGUUUAUUAGGUACACCCAUCUAGUACCGGGUCGGACCCCAUUUUGCCUCCAGAACAGCCU